AUGUGUCCACAUCUUCGAAGAGGAAAACAUAAUUCAUCAAAUGCUCAUUUGAGUGGUUCGAUAGCCAGUGCGUUGGUGCCGCUGCAAUUCAAGAAUGAAGAGGAAGAAGAUAAAAAUCGUCGGAAAAGAGGAGGUAAACGACAGGAGAAACCUCCUUAUUCAUAUAUUGCGCUUAUUGCUAUGGCGAUCCACGCUAAACCUGACCGACGGGCAACACUCACUGAAAUAUACACCUAUUUGCAGAACAAUUUCGAUUUUUUUCGAGGUGAAUACAAUGGCUGGAAAAAUUCAAUAAGACACAACUUAUCACUGAACGAGUGUUUUGUCAAAUUACCGAAAAGCUCUGGUGGACGCAGCGGUAAGGGUCACCAAUGGACAAUAGAUCAAAACUGUGAUUUCUUAUUCGAAGAAGGCUCUUAUCGAAGGAGACCGCGUGGAUACAAAGCACGCAAUCGAGGAAGCAACGACUUUAACAAUGCUCAGUUUGAGACGAUGUGCACUGGAUCUGCGCUAACUGAAUCGGUAUUCGCAGUGGAUGAUGUGAACGGCAUUCACAGUCGACAGACGUUUCUAACACAAUCUGCGCAAUCGACACCAUUUUGGUCAUCAUACGACUACCCGAAUCAAUGGCCGACUGUACAGAGUGGCAUUUAUCCGUUAGCAACAAGCGGAUAUAUGUAUGAAUCAUCAACGCAUCAGAUAGUUCACAGUAAUAACAGCACUAAUAUUGGUUCGUACGCCAACGAUGAAACUAUGUAUCAGUUCAAUAUCGAUAAUGCAACAACCGCAGCAUCACCACAUUCUCACUUAGCACCAUUUGUUGAUGUCACUCAGCAAUUCAGUGACAUUCAAUAUCCACAUUAUGUGAUGAUGCAACCAACAGUAUCCAACCAAUAA